AUGCGUUUGGGGCCGUUAAACGGUUUCUGGCGGGGACCCCCGGGAAGAGGCGCGUUGCGGGAGUCGGAAAUUCAAAACUGGUUUGUUUGUAGGUACUCUUCUAGUAGUACAGCUGUAGAGAAGACUGUGGAAAACCCAGAAGUUACUCGAGAACAAAUUGUGCUUCCACGAAGGAAAACCUGGGAUAAGCUAGCAGUUCUUCAAGCACUGGCUUCUACAGUAAACAGAGAUCCUACUGCUGCUCAUUACAUGUUCCAGGAUGACCCUUACCUUAUGCCCAGAAAUACAGCCAGUGCUCGUCUCCUAGCGUUGGCGAAGGAGUCUGGGAGAAAUGCUGCCAAAUACAUUAUUAAGGAAUUUCCUCAAUAUUUUGACAAAAUUACUGCGGAGCCUAACGUACUAUGUUUAAUGCCUGAGAUUACUACGCCUCAGAUUGAAGGAGUGAGUGAGGCAGCUCUGAAGGAGCGUAUCCAGCUCAGAAAAGUGAAAGCUGCUGUGGACCUCUUUGAUCAGCUCCUGCAGGCAGGUACCCCUGUAUCUUUAGAGACCACAAACAGCCUUUUAGAUUUGUUAUGCUUCUAUGGAGAUGCUCAGGAAGAACAGGGUGAACAAAAGAGAGAUUUGGAAGAAGUAGAGGAGAAUAAUGCCGAACAGAAAAGUCCAAAGAGGCGGUUCCAAAAAUCUUUGAACUCGUCUGGCUUUACAUGGAGGGAGGACUGUGAUGCUGAAAGGAUUUUUAAGAUAAUGCCAGAGAGAAAUGCACACUCCUAUUGCACAAUGAUCCGUGGGAUGGUGAAGCACGGAGUUCCUGCUAAAGCCUAUGACAUGUAUGUGGAGUUGCUGAAUGAAAGGCAUAAAGCUGAUGUGCACACUUUCAACGCACUGAUUACAAUAGUCCCAUAUCUGAAGGAGAAGUUCGUGGAAAGAUGGGAAUUAAUCAAGGAGUUCCUGAAUCACAUGGUUCAACAGAAGGUGCAACCUAAUGUGCUAACUUUUAAUGCUGUGCUGAAGGCUCUGAGGAGAUGUGGUGGCGUAGGCAGGAGCGUGUCUUUAUCAGUGAUAAAGGAAAUGAAAGCACUUGAUAUAGAGCCCAGCCUUGCAACAUAUGAGCAUCUUCUCUCCAUAUUUUAUAGAACUGUUGAGCUUCAUCCAUCAAACAUCAUCACUGAGGUGCUAGAAGAAGUUGAAAAGAGGAGUUUCACUGCCCAGGACCCACAUGAUGCCAGAUUUUUUGUCACCGCUAUGCAAGUGUGCUGCGAUCUUAAGGAUAUCAAGCUUGCCUAUAGGUUAAAUAAAUCAAUGGAGAAAGGAGACAACUGGAAAUUCUUAGACACGGAUCAGUUAAGUGUCUACUGGUCAAAAUUCUUUUCCCUGCUGUGUAUGAUGGAACAAAUCGAUGUUGUCAUGAAAUGGUACAAGGAAAUGACCCCUUCACUCUUCUAUCCAAGUCCUAGAAAUCUGCUUGACCUCCUUCAAGCGCUGGAUGCAGCCAACCACUUGGAAGUGAUCCCUUCAGUUUGGAAAGAUAUCAAACAGUUGGGGUUUAAUAGGAGACAAGAUCUGAUAGAGGAGCUUUUGUCUUUGAUGAGCAGGGAGCAGCACCCUCAAGAGAUCCAGCUGGCAUUUGCCCAGUGUGCAGAAGACAUUAAAGCCACCCACGAGCAGAGCGGGAGGGAGCAGGCGCCGCUGGAGUGGUCGGGCAGCGCCCUGGGCCACGUCGUCGUGCUCUUCUCCAGGGCUGGCAGGACCCGGGAUGCUUGGACCAUGAUGGAGCAUUUCCAGCAAAUCAAUAGGAUCCCCACUGACCAGGUGAUGGAUGAGUUCCUGACCUGUGCCAAACAAACCAACUGCCCCGAUGAGGCCAUCAGUCUGGUAAAGCUGGCAGCCUCCUUUGGGCUCCCUUCAACCCCGAAGCUCAAAAGCAGAACAGAGCAGGAGUUUGAACUCUCUGAAAAGCAGAGGAUGGCACUGGAGAGUAUCCAGGUGGAUGGUGACAGCAGUGACAGCGACAGUGAUAGUGACCGUGAAUAGCUGUCCUUCCUACCUUCCCUUUGGGAAAAC